AUAAUGACCGUCUCCCUUGUCGUCACCCUCCCGACUCAUACCAUCCCCUCCUAUGAGCAACGAGUUCUGGGGAAACCAUCGUCCAUACCGGGAGUCGAAGAGUUCCGAGGUAUCCCUUAUGGAAGUGUCCCAGCAAGGUGGCAGCAUGCUCAACUCCGUGAUCGAUUGCCACAUGAUGCCUUUGACGCCACACACAAUGGUCCCCGCUGCCCACAACCGCAAGAGCCUAACAAUAGUGACUUCUAUCAAUCGCAUCUCGAGUUUCCACAAGAUGUGAAAGAGUCCGAGUUCGACUGCCUGAACCUGUUCAUCACGAGACCGAGUCCGAACGUUCUUGCUGCUGCCGGCUUCGAGUCCGACAGUCCAGGGUUGCCGGUCUAUGUAUACAUCCAUGGAGGAGCAUAUGGUUUCGGCGCGGGGACAGAUCCUAUGUGGGAUCCUGCCCGUCUUGUUAGAAAGUCCGUCUCGAUGGGCACUCCCAUCAUCGUCGUGACUAUCAAUUACCGACUCAACAUGUUCGGAUUCGCCGCUUCCACUGAAAUCAUCGACACCCAACCGGAAGGGAAACGGGGUUGCAACUUUGGGCUUGGGGACCAAAGAGUUGCCCUCGAGUGGGUGCAGCGGAACAUCAGGGCAUUCGGAGGUGACGCAGACCGAGUCACGGUCGGUGGCCAGUCGGCAGGCGGAAGCUCAUCUCAUGCCCAUGUCCUCGAAGCGGUGUUGGGCAAGCGGAAGCCGCUGUGCCAGCAGGGAAUCAUCCAGUCUGGAGCCGUGGGAGUGCUUGGCCCAAUCACGAUGGGUGAUGCAAACGCUCGAUGGGCCACUUUUUGUGAGCAGGUGGGCGCGACCAACGAAAGCACAAUCUCACGUAUGACUUUCAUGCGGAAUGUAUCGGCAGAUGAUGUUCUACGUGCGAAUGCUGCGUUGGGCUGGUUUGUUUUCCCAUUGGUUAUGGAUGAGUUGACCAUUUCCCAAAGACCGAACGGACGUUGGAAUGUGCACCUCGGCCAAAGCGGAACAAAGAAAGCUCCAAAUGGUACUGCGAGCCACCCCAGAGAAACCAUAUCUGUUUUAGUAGGGGAUACAGAUCUCGAGGGUACACUCCAUCAUUCAUCAGUCAGCCAACUUGAGAGCUUCGAACAGAUAUGCGAUCGGUCGGCUGCCGCCAAGUUGUCUGAAAAAUUCUGCAAUGCCUUUUUUGCAGCGUACCGUCUGCGUCCAGGUAUGAGCAAGGAUAGCCUGCACGAACAGGUCUAUCGCUUCUUAUCGGACAUACAGUUCGAGUAUCCUGUUCAAUGUUGCAAGGAGGAGCUGAUGGAUUGGGAGAAUCCAGGCUACAGCGGCCAGGGUGAAGAACCGUCCCCCCGACCAACCCGGGUACAAUCAUUCCGCAUGGCGGUCGGCAAUCCGUUCCCAGGAUUGAAUCAUGGCAAAGCCCACCACUGUGUAGAUCUCAUCUAUAUCUACGACUGCUUCGACGAAGCAUUGCGUAAAGCGGAUAAGUUGCUAUCGCCCGGCACAGUACCUAAUGCCAGCCUAGUCGAUCGUGUUCAGACUGACUGGGUCAAUUUUAUCACUGGCUCGCGGUCAGCCAACUAUGAACCAGGUUUGGCGACCGUGUACCAGCCGGACCGAACUGCAAUCACAGUUGACAUGGCACUAGACGAGGUCUGGGUGGACAGAAAGUCGCGAUUAAGCCUCGUCGAUAAAUACCCGCAGGAGGCUAGGCAAAUUGCCAACAUCCUGAGUGGUGGAGGACAUCUUUUCUAAACAAGGACGGUAUAUUCUAGACGGGCGCAUCAGGAUCGUGUCAUGAAGGACUGGUUCCCAGAAAGCGGCAAACUUUGGGUGUGGGUCGUUUAAAUCAAUGUACACGGUCCAAGUGAAGCGUUUCCCACACUGAAGUUUAGACCAUGGGCUAUCCUAGCGCCCUCAACGUAGAGCAAUCGAGUUGUCCCAAGUCGUUGUCUGUUCAAGGCUUUGUAUGUGCCCAUAGCCCCGUAAAGCCCGGAGUCCAGCGAUACCGAAGCAUUUCUGGAUCUAGAUGGC